CCCCCUCCCCUCCCUUAUGCCUCCCCCCCUCCCGUAGCACCGCUGGGUGGGCUGGAACGGGACACUUUCAGCGCACCGACCCUCACCUGUUUCCUACCACCUCUGCGUUCAGACCGGCUGCGCACCUCCCUUCAGCUUGGAAGAUGCAGAUGUCAGGGAUUUCCUCCUCAUUCCUGAUGGCACGAGGCGCCUGAGGCUGCCGGCUGACAGACGGAUGUGGAGUUGAAGAGGCUGCGGUGGGAUCACGCAGCAAUACAGGGGUUUCCCUCAGAUUUCAUUCGGACAUCAGGAGAUGAGUGCGGGACACAAAAUGCGUCUGCAUGAUGCCAUCAUGUUUUUGUGCCCUUCAUAAUCCUGUUAGGGCAACACAGUGGACCCGGACACUUGCCUGCCUUCCUGACUCGUCGGACUCAUCUGUUGCAGCUAUUAGAUACAAGUCACCUAGAAAUUAGCUGAUUAGAGACAUCAGUACUACCCCGAUUCUCUUUUGGCUACAUAUUUUGAUCUUUAAUUAAGAUCACUGAAGGCUGAAAUAAACCUUCUGGUUAGAAGUGUAGAAAGACUUUGGCCUCCAAAGACUCCUGUUCUUAUCCUGCUCUGAGUGGCCCGCUGUGGAGCAGCGAGCCUUCCAAAUGCUGCCAUGCCCAUCAUCAGCAACACCAACCAUGAUUUCAGCAAUCUUUCGGUCAGCGAUGACAGCAGUCUGGAUCGGAUCUUCACUGAAAUUCCAGAAACUGAGACCAUCAAGGGAGUGUACUACAAGAGGGCACAGUUUAUUCGCAGGCCAGAAGACCUUGUCUCCGUUGACCAUACCUUGUUGGCUGUGAUUAAUGUGGGUGGAAAUCGUUACACCUUCCCCUGGACCACUCUCCAGCAGUUCCCCCUCACAAGACUAGGUCGCCUCUGUGGCUGUCGGUCACUUGAGGAAAUUGCCAGUGUAUGUGACGACUAUGAUGAAGCCAGGAAGGAGUUCUUCUUUGACCGCUCUCCAUCCGCCUUUAAAGUCAUCCUUAACUUCUUGGCAGCAGGGAAACUACGGCUUCUGCGAGAGAUGUGUGUCCUGUCCUUGCAUGACGAGUUGAACUACUGGGGGGUCGAGAUGGCCUACAUGGAGCGCUGCUGCAAGAGAAAGAUGUACACACGCAUCGAGGAGGUGCAUGAGAAGGAGAGACGGGAGGAGGAGCGUAGGCAGAGAAAUGCCAUGCAGCGAGUCCCAGUGGAGGAAACAAAGUACAGGAAAGUGAUGAAUUGGCUGAGAGAUAUGGUGGAGAAUCCUCAGUCAGGCCUACCAGGGAAGAUCUUCGCCUGUUUGUCAGUGAUCAUGGUUGCUGUCACUGUUGUUAGCUUGUGUAUCAGCACCAUGCCUGACCUCAGAGAGGAGGAGGACAGGGGUGAGUGUUCCUCCAAAUGCUACAACAUGUUCAUCAUAGAGACGGUGUGUGUGGCCUGGUUCUCCCUGGAGUUCAUCCUACGCUUCAUUCAGGCCCCCAGCAAGCUCGAUUUUCUCCGAGGGCCGCUCAAUAUCAUCGAUGCCAUGGCCAUCCUGCCCUACUAUGUUUCACUUGUGGUGACGGAAGAGGAUCAGAGCUCUGAGCAUGAGAGGCCUGGUGGAGGUAAGGGCUACUUGGACAAACUGGGUCUGGUGCUGAGGAUCCUGCGGGCGCUGAGGAUUCUGUACGUGAUGCGGCUAGCUCGCCACUCCCUCGGCUUACAGGUGCUGGGGCUGACGGUCAGGCGCAGCACCCGGGAGUUUGGCCUCCUUCUUCUUUUCCUCUGCGUAGCUGUCACCCUUUUCUCUCCUCUCGUCCACCUUGCGGAAAGUGAGCUUACAGGCACCCAUGAUUUCAGCAGCAUUCCCGCCUCUUACUGGUGGGCGAUCAUUUCCAUGACAACCGUAGGUUACGGUGACAUGGUGCCGAGGUCCAUUCCAGGGCAGGUUGUUGCGCUGAGCAGCAUCCUGAGCGGGAUUCUUAUUAUGGCUUUUCCAGCUACCUCCAUCUUCCAUAUGUUCUCCCGCUCCUACCAGGAGCUCAAGAUGGAGCAUGACCGUUUGUUUAAGGAGGAGUGUGAAGCCGCUGCUGCAGCUGCUGCUGCCACAGGCGUGCAGGAGGUAGGAGGUGAAGACAAGAAGGAGGAAUCACCUCAAUCAGAACAUCAGGAGGAAAAUAAGAAUCAGUCAGUGGAGUCUCUGGCUCUGCUCGGUAAUGGUGGUGAAACUACAGGAACUAAUAACCACAGUCUUCCAGCAGCAGCUUUUUAAAGAUUCAUGCUGGGUGCUGAACUUUCAUUAAAACAAGUUCACUAAUCUUUGUGCCGCUUAGAAUAUGAGUACUACUAAGGAACUAAUACCCCAAAAGCCUAACUGCCCAUUAAUGGCAACUGCAUUAUUUUGGAUACAAAAAAAUCUUUUUUUGUAUUUUGUUUUUCUUUUCAAUGCAUAGACAAGGAAAAUGAAGAUAAGCUGGAGGACUAAGCACCCUUUAACCUAAAUGGUUCUCUGUUUCUGACUAGAAGGCAUCUGCAGCAAUAUUAGAAACAGGCUGCUUCCAUAAACUUGAAAUAUUAAAUCCAAAGUCGCUUCUCCUUCCACUGUGAAAAUGCUUAAGACUGACUGCAACCUUUGUUCUAUUUUCAUUUCUAUUCAAUAUGUUGCCUAAAGUAUGAUCUAAAACAUACUUAACCUUUCUGCCAUGAAUGCAAAUAAAUGCACCUCCUAGUUUAUAUAUGAAAAGCUUCAAGCCAUGUUCUGAAAAGAAUUAAUCAAUGCAUUGUAACCCAUAUGUAAUGUAUAUCCAUCGUUCUCACAUUUUUAAAACUAUGACCCGAUGAAUAAGUGAUGGUUCUACUGUGACUCUUACUUGAACUGCUGUGAGAAGAUGUUUACCCCCUGACAGAUUUGUUCUGUUUUUGCUGUUUUGUCAAACU